AUCUUCAGACUUUGGCUGGUUUGACUGAUCUGUUUGAGAGGUUUAGUAUUAUAACUCGGGUGUAAAGUGGUUGAUUUGGGCAAUUACUCGCGGCUGGGGUGAAAUUAAAGCCGAGGUCGGGGGUGAGGAGGUGAGGAGGUGAGGCGGAGUCAGCAGCAGCGCUGCCCGGGGAGCAGUGACAGACUGAGGGAGGGAGUCAUGGCGAAGUGGGGACACGGAGAUCCGCGCUGGAUCGUGGAGGAAAGAGCGGACGCUACGAAUGUGAACAACUGGCACUGGACAGAACGUGAUGUCUCAUCCUGGUCCCAGGAGAUCCUGAACGAGCUUCUCCUUAGAGUCCAUGUGGAAAAUGAAGAUGGUUUUUGCCAAAUCACGGACGUUUCUAAGAUUGAGGGCGAGGCAUCAAUUAACAACCGUAAAGGCAAACUCAUCUUCUUCUAUGAGUGGACCAUUACUGCUUCCUGGACCGGAACCUCAAAAAAAGGGAUUAAGUACAAGGGGAAAGUGGAGGUGAUGAACCUCUCAGAUGAAAAUGACAUGGAUGACCUGGAUAUCUGCAUCACAGCAUGUAAAGACCAACCCACUACACCUCUAACUGCCCUCAUGAAGAAAGAGGGAGAGAAGGAAGUGAAACUGGCUCUUCAGGGCUACGUGACCCACAUGAAGAAGGAGUUUUCUCAGGGCAUGAUUCUGCCUAAAGCUCCAGGGGACAGUACACCAACUCACACUAAUGUCAAAAUGGAGAAGAAGAACCAAAGUGGCUCCUCCACUGCUUCAGAAUCACCCAUCUCUGGAGUAAAAAUCCCGACGGCCUCGUUUAGUCUGAGCGAGACGUUCCUCACUUCACCUGAGGAGCUUUACAGAGUUUUCCUCAACCAAGAGAUGGUUCAGGCGUUCACACACCUCGCUGCCUGUGUGGAUGGAGUGCGAGGAGGACAGUUCCGGCUGCUGGAGGGAAAUGUGCAUGGGGAGUUUGGUGAACUUGUCCCAAACCAGAAGGUUGUCAUGAGGUGGAGGUUUUCAUCUUGGCCUGCAGGACACUUCUCUACGGUCACGCUGCACUUCACAGCCCGAGGCGGUGAGACGGAAGUGUCGCUGGAGGCUAAAGGCGUUCCCCGCAGUGAGGAGGAGAGAAUGAAGCAGGGAUGGCAGAGAUAUUACUUUGAUGCCAUUAAACAAACUUUCGGUUAUGGAGCUCGGAUCUGCUGAGCCGCAGCUUUACCUGUGACACUUGAGACUCCUAUAAAUAUCGAAAAAAAAAAAAGUGUGUUGCACAAGCCGCAGCGUUGAAACGUCGGCAGGUUACAUGCGUGCAUUAGUACGAUUUGGUACAACUACACACACACCAAGUGUACCGGUUCACUAGGUAACGUCUGAAUCAGUUCAUUGGUAAACUGAUGGUUUGUUUCACAACCACUUUUACUUCCAUUGCUGCAGUUGAGUUAUUCAAUUAACAAUUUCAACGUCAAAUAAAUUUGUAAAGACACUCUGAGGCUCAGUGUUGUUCACCUAGCAUCAAACUUACCAUCAUGACAUCUCAAUUUGCGGGUGUGCAAAAGUAUUGGCACCCAGCAAACAUAUCCACUGAGUAUCAAUACAAGGAUUCUGACCAGUCUGGUCCAUCCAGGAUGUCCAAGUUGUCUUUUGUACACAUUAUGCAUAAAUAAAUAUAUAACAUUUAAA